AGAAAAAUAGGCGUUUUGAACGCUUCCACCCUCCCUUUUAAUUUGUAAGGAUGAAUCAUGAUUAACAACGAACGAUGGGGUUCCCUUGAAAUUGAAACAUUCAAAAGCUCCCAUUGAUUGCUAAAUUGUGAUUCACGCUUUGAUUUGACCCAUCAAUUUCCAUUUUCCCCAAUUUUGUUCCUUCUUUCUCCAGUUUUUCCCAUUUCCCAUUUUAAUUGCUUCCAAUGUUGGAUUUGCAAGAAUUCUUAUGGGGAUUUUCCAUUCUCUCUCUGCUCUUUUGUUCUCUGCAUGGCUUAACAAAGGCCCUUCCAAUGGCUCUCUCUCUCUAUUCUCCUUCUUCUCCCAUUUCUUGGGUUACGCAUAUGCUCCUCGGAACUCACAAUAGUCCCUCCCAAGAAAGUGCUCUGCCUCCCAACAAUACGCUCCACGGUCCACAAGACGAUACCAACAACAGCCUUCGCGAUGGAAUCUUUAAGGAAGCUUCACAUUCUUUAACGAUGGCCAAAUCCUCUGGGGCUUCUACUAAGUUGAGGAAGAGGCCUGGAAAGCUAGUGGUGCCCGAAUAUUGUCCCGGACUGGAAUUUUCCAAACUGAGGAAGAAAAUGGAGGAUCAGGAAUUCCAUGUCCAAGGCAGAGAUUACUGUUUGGCAACCAAGAAAGGUAGGCGAGAGACGUUGGAAGAUGCUUACGGAGUUAUGCUUGAUAUCUUCGGAGAUUCCAAACAGGCUUUCUUCGCUGUAGUGGACGGCCAUGGCGGCCGCGACGCAGCCGAUUACGUGGUCGAACAUUUAGGGAAGAACAUCAUAAACGCUCUCGAGAAAAUUGCUGGAGAGGAAGAAAAGGAAAUCGAAUCAGCGAUUCGCAAAGGCCACAGACGAACAGACGAGGAGUUUCUUAGUCAGGGCGUCGGCAGUGGAGCAUGUGCGGCGAGUGUGCUGGUGAAAGACGGCGAGCUUCAUGUGGCGAACGUCGGAGAUUGUCGAGUGGUAUUGAGCAGAAACGGGGUGGCGACGCCAUUGACGAAGCAGCACCGAUUGUGUCGAGAAGAAGAGCGGCUCCGGAUUGAGAAAUCGGGAGGGUUUGUGGAGUGUAAAAACGGGGUGUGGAGAGUUCAGGGAUCGUUGGCGGUGUCGAGGGCCAUCGGAGAUCUGCAUUUGAAAGAAUGGGUGAUUUCAGAGCCUGAAAUCCAUCGUCUUCCUCUAACUCCUGAUUGCCAGUUCUUGAUAAUGGCUUCUGAUGGACUCUGGGAUAAGGUAAAAGAUCAAGAGGCAGUGGAUGAAGUAAUGAGGGAAAUGGGAGAGGAGAAUAAUAAGAAGGAAGCAAUGAAGGCAUGCAAAAUGCUACUGGAAAUGUCAUUUAGAAGAGGGAAUAUGGAUGAUGUCACAGUCAUGGUGGUUCAACUUCAGCACUUCUUCCUUUCCAUUUAGUAAGUAGAUCUUUUCUUUGCUCCACACCACACUUCACCAUUGCAACAACUACAACCCUUACCUAAGAUUAUAUAAGCUAAGUUUCCAUUACUGUCUACAAUUUUGUACCAACAACACCAUACACUAUUUUUCUUUUCUUUUCAAGAGGGGGACACUGUACAUAUAAAAUAUUAAUAAUAAUUACCCCUGCCAAUUCCAAAGGGGUGUUUUUUUUUU